AUGGAAACUCCCUAUACAAACCACCUAACAGCGGCCGAUUACGAACAGAUAUAUGAGCCAGCAGAAGACUCGUUUUUUUUGCUAGAUGCCUUAGAAGCUGAUCUAUUAUAUAUAGAACGGUUACAACCACGAGUUUGCUUGGAAAUAGGUCCCGGUAGUGGUAUAAUUGUAACGGCACUGGCUAAAAAACUCAAUAAAACACUUUGUUUGGCAACUGAUAUCAAUUCGCAUGCUUGUAGUACUACGAUGAAAACGGCGCAGCGCAACACUACUCAUGUUGAUAGUAUAAAUUGUAAUUUAGUGGAUGCCGUGCGCGAAAAAUCUGUAGAUUUGCUUAUAUUCAAUCCACCUUACGUGGUAACCUCAGACGAAGAAUUGAAUAGUAAAUCAUUUGACAAUGCACAAAUGCCAAACAAUCUUGUAUGCUCAUGGGCAGGUGGUUUACAUGGACGACGUGUUAUCGAUGAGUUGCUUAAACGUUUGGAUGGCAUUUUAUCUGCUGACGGGGUUUUCUAUUUACUAGUACUACGCGAAAAUAAACCAGAUGAGUUAAUACGCGAUUUCAAUAAAUUAGGUUUUGUUGCAAUUAAGUUUAUGGAAAGACGUAUACCAGGGGAAUACCUAUAUAUUUUGAAGAUCACGCGUAGAUGAACUACUUUGGCUUUUAAUAUAAAUAAUAAAUAUAUUUGUAAUAAAUGUCCAAAAUAUCAUUAUUAUUUAUAGGGGAUAUAUGUAUACAAUAUAACCUUCGGUGCUUGUUUAAAUAUAUUUCUAACAAAUAUAAAAUAUAUUUCUAUAUUUUGAAUAUCUA